UUUACAGCAUUGGUUUUCACUGUUUUCAGUGAGGUCGGUCAUUUUAGUCGUCAAAACCCCGUCGGCGGAACAAGGUCGAGGUUGAGACAAAUACGAUGUUUAGACUUACUGUUGGACUGUAACAUGCAGAAAAGCGUGGUGAACAAAGCGUUUUACAAAGCCGGGAGACGAGACAACGUUAUACUGAUGAACAAGCUGCUCAACCGCGGAGCGAACAUAGAUUACAAGGACGCGUCGACGGGGUUUACGGCACUGCUGCUGGUCACGAAGAAAAGGAACUUGAGGGCAAUACAGUUCUUGCUGGAGAAGGGCGCCGAUCCCAUGGAACAAGACCUUAACGGUUGGACGUGUCUUCAUUUUGCCGUGUUUUCCGGGUUGCCCGUCCGGACACUGCAGAUGAUGUUGAUGCAGACCUGCGGCCGGGAACUGAUCGACUUCCGGACGUCCAACCAGGAAACGGCGCUGCACCUGGCCGCCAGGCGGGGCAACGAGGCGGCAGUGGUGGCGUUGCUUCAGGCCGGCGCCCGCGUGGACCUCCUCGACCACAAGUCCCGGACGCCGCUGCUGACCGCGCUGAAAUGGCGGAAAAACGACUCCAUGGUCAGGUUGAUGAUUUUGGCGGGCGCCAGCGUGAACCGUAUGCCCGGUUCGUCCCGGGCCCCCCUUCACUUGGCCGUCGCCCGGAAUAACGUGUUGCUGACGCGGCUCAUGCUCGAACACGGCUGCGUCGUCGUGGAUAUGCACAACGACUGCUUGAACUGGACCGUCAUCCAUGCGGCCUGCGAGUCUGGGGACAUGGAUAUGUUGAGGUGCCUGCUGGCGUACACAGAGCCCAACGUGCUGGACGUGCUGCACACCCGUGGCCGGUCGAGACUGCCGCUCAUAGUGGCCGCUUCGCUGGGCCAUCUUACGGCGGUGGACGCGCUUCUAGAGUACGGCGUGGACGUGAACGCGCGCUGCGGCAACGGCGAGACGGCGCUGCACGUGGCCGCCCGCGGUAACUGGCCGUCGGUGGUGGACCGUCUAUUGGACGCGGGCGCUUGCGUAGACGCCCGGGACGCGAGGACCGGCCACCGGCCGCUGGACGUGGCCAUGUGCACCUGGGGCCGCCACUCGACGGUCACCGUGCAGCUGAUAUCCGCUGUCCGGAUGACCAAGGCAGUGGUGCGGCACGACACGGACACCGUCCUGUUCCUGCUGGAAUGCGGCGUGACGCCGAACAUGACCACCGAGGCGUACGGGACACCUCUGCACGUGGCCGUGCGGCACCGCCAGUACCGCAUGAUGGCCACCGUACUGACGUCGAACCGGUGCCGCGCGACCGUCCGCCAUAACGGCGCCACGCCGCUCGACUACGCCAUGGCCAUGGGCGACGCCCGCGCCACUAAAAUGAUACUGUGCGGGCCCGGCCACUCCGCCGGAUCAGACUUCCGGCCGUUCCUCCGGUGAACCAGACACUGACUUCGCCAAACGAUGACCGAGUUUCUGUUGAUGACGUCGACGACAACGGGGACUGUUAUGUUUUUUGUUUUUACUGUUUUCGUUUUUUUUUUCAAUCACUUACCUACUUUAUUAAUUGUUUUUAUGUUUUUCACUAUCUUAAUGUUCUUAAGAUAAACCAACGUAUAGGCGACUUUUCGCCCGUUUUUUUAAAAAUUGCUCUCAUUAUAUCCCCCCCCCCCCCAAACACUAAGACUUAAACCGAAACAACUUUAUAAGGAUGUGUUGUUUUAUUUCCGAAACUCACCUUUUACGAUGUGUGCCUAACCCUGCUGUAAUACAACUCCGGUCUAACUAUAUUGUAUAAUAUUCCGCGUUUUAUAACAACUACUAAGUUUUCAUCGUUUUUUCUUUUUCAUUUUCAUUAUUAUUUCAUUUAAAAGACGUAUGUUUAGUGUUGACGAUAUAAUAUGUAACGAAUACCCAUUUACCUAUAUCUAUGUAUUACAUUCAACGUUAAGAAAAUUAAAAACUUAUUUUUCUCCUAACAAAUUUUGUACAACGAUAAAUAAUAUAGCUAAAAUACAUGUUAAUAGUAUAGUAUACCUACUUGUCCUGCCUAUGUGAGUAUGUGACAUUAAAACAAAAAACGAAACAAAAUUGUGACUUAUCUGUUUGUGAUUUAUUUAUAGUAUAAUAUAGAUUAUAAAAUAACUUUUAAGUAUAAAUACUAGUGUACCUACACCUCUACGUGGGCCUUAUACAAUGUACCUAAUAUUGUUAAUGUUUUUUAUUUUGUUGUUGCCUUAUGGCUGUUUACGUAUAUAUAAAAUAUAUGACUCGAUCUAGUAAGUUAAAGUCAUUUUUGAACAA